AUGGUGAUUAAGACACAUGAAAUUUUUGGUGUUUACAAACCUAAUGCAGUUAUUUGUCUUAGUUCACCAGGCUUUCUGAUAUUCUGUUCUGUUUUAUUUUCUAAAAAGCUAUUUGUUGUUAUUAUUUUGCUAACUUCCGUUUGCUAUUUUUAUGCACUAGAGCAGGCAAAUAAAUUGCAAUGGACGCUUGCAUCUGUUCCAUUAAUUAAAGCUUUGCAACUCACUCUAUCAUUCCUCUUCUGGUAUUCAUGCUUUAAUCUUCACACGUGCUCUCUGUGGAUGUCAUUUGGGGUAUAUGUAACUGGGGUGCUCUUUCAGACUACUUCUUUUGUGUCCUUCUUGCUCAUUUCCCAUGGUUACUGCAUUAUGUGUGAGCGUCUUUCAGUGGCUGAACGCCGUACUACAGCUGCACUGGGGUGUGCCUUCUACUUGACUCUUGUUGGUUACAGAGCAUCUGUACCUUACUUCUCGGUCCUUCUGCUCCUUAAUUAUAUCGUUUCCUUCUAUCUGAUAUUUCACCACAUAUCUCGGAAUCUGUUAGUUCUAAAGGAACAAUUAGCUUUUAUAGAGGAUGAAGAUGUCCAUUUGAUGCAUGAUGCAAUUUAUACAAAAUACAUUAUGUUCAAGAAGUUUCAAGGUGCGAUGCAGAUCAUAGCAGUGGCAGAAUUUGCGAUAUACAUUAACAUGGAUGGCUCCUUGGAAAACUAUUGGCUUCGAUUGUUUGUUCGAGAAUGGGCACAAUUUUGCAUCUUUCUAUACAUCGGAUGGAUUUUCAGGUCACAAGACUUGGCACCACAUUUCUCUGUUAUGCCCACACUAAAGUCUAAAGGGCAAGCAACAGUGCCUCCCAUCUACAGCGUUGAAAUGGAUGCAGCAACAUUUGAAGAUUUUAGUAGUAAUGAAUGGCAUAUUGGGGUGCCAACAGCCCCUUCCCAUGGCGAAAACUCGAGGGAUUCCAUUCUAGUAAUAAUUCAGCAUCCCCAUGCAUAUAGGUUGACUUCAGUCAAUACUAUGUCACCAAGCUUGGCUCGUGUUGUAGCUAAUUCUUCCACGGAUGCCGAUUCAGGUUCUUUUUUCCAACAGUCAUGAACAAAGCAAAUUCUUAGGAUGAAGUGGUUCAAGAUGUUUGUUCACAUAAAUCGACUGAUUGUAAGACGGAUCCAUGAAAAGUUUCAGCACAUAGUUUUGAGUUUUAUUCGUCUUUGCUACAUAGUUUUUCUUGUUAUAGAAACCUAAAAGCAAGAUUAUUAUUUUUAUUUUUUUUGUCGGCAAGGGGGAUCUUUGGGUUCGAACGCCUUGGGGUCUGGUGCUUUUCCAUUUCACCAAGGGAUAGUCUGGGGACCCAGACUUACCCACCCAGAAUUUUCUGGGCGGGUGAUUUUGUGGUAGAGAUUAAUUUGUGUAGUGUGGGGUUCAUGUAAGGUGUGGUGGAGAUUAAUUUCUAGGUAGUUUCUAAGUUAAUAAGAGUGGGUUUGUAGUAUUACUCUUUCACCAGUGGCCCUAGAAAAAGCAAAGAUAUGCAAGUUCUGUAAACGCUAUUUCAUUUCAGUUGGGCUAAAAACCUGCAGCCCGUUAGUUAUGUAUCUGAAAAUAUUGUUGAUUAAUGAAAACUGUAUAUUCUUUCCCC